AACACGCCGACAAUGGCGGCCCGCGUACUGCACACGAGCUGAGGGUUCUAAACACCAGCGCGUGAACUGGAACGCGGACAGCGCUCGAGCUAGCCCGGUGAACCUGUGCCGGUGUGGGGUUAAUAACGUCAACUGUGGCUACUGCGAAUGAAAACAGUGCUCGUGCCCGCUCCACUGUGCAGCCUGCGGAGCAGGGUCGUGUCCCAGUUCUAGCCCGCGGAGAGUAGAUGAUUCAUUUUAGAAGACAUCUGUAAUCGAGCAGGUGCUCUUUGGUGGACUGCUGUUGAUCACACGGCGAGCCCAGCCUGAAGUUUGUCUUUCCCUCAACAAUGCUUUCACUUAAAGAAAAAGACGGUCCCAUCAUCAGAAAGCUGCUGGACGCCGGCUGCUGUGCGAGAUGCGUCCUCCGAUUUUGCUGUGUGGGAAAGUAUUCUUCGUAUCAGCUGUCCAGUGAGGACAUAAACAAAGAGCUGUUAGCUUUCCUCAGUGAGGCUGACGGUGAGCCAUCCCAGGAUGCCUCGGAGCAAACGCAGACUGAAGAUCCGCCCUGUAAGAAGCUGAAGCUGGACUCGGCGCAGGUCGGACAGGACGGCAGCUCAGAGACUUCUGCAGCGCACACUGAGCCUGAAGUCCAGUCGGAGAUCUGCGUGGCCUGUUUGGGGAUCCUGCAGGACUUCUGUGAUCUGAGUUACACCAAACAGGUGUGUGAGGUUGUGAGAAAAGCAGACUAUAAGUUUGACAGUCUGGUGCUGGCUGUGUCUCUUCCUGCUCAGCUGUCUGUCAGAGAACAUUCCUGCUGGCUGCACAUCAAGAAGGAGGUCAAGGAGAAGAGCAUGUGUCUGGAUAAGGAGGAUGUGGUUCAGGUGAAGGACGCUUUUAAGUGGGCAAUACAGGGAAUGGUGGGCAAAGAACUGGGAGCACCUGUGCUGACUAACAGUCUGUUUGAAGUCAGUGUGGGUUUCACACAUUCAGAAACAGAUGCAGACUGUCACUUCCUGGCUACAACCUGUUCUGACUGCUUCAAGCCCACUAAGAAUAAAGCAUCUGUCUUUACUAGAAUGGCGGUAGUGAAGGCACUAGAGAAGAUUACGGAUGCGAAGUUUCUUCGACAUUACCCCUGUCCACCUGUCAGACCAGCCAGCAAGUGCACUCCACUGGACACCACAUGCCUGCAUGCAUCUGUCUUUAUAGCAGGGAGGUAUAAUAAGUUCUCUCGUGAGCUUCCUCAGACUCCAUGGGUGAUAGAUGGAGAGAGAAGGAUGGAGGGAUCAGUGGAGGAGUUGAUAGCUGCUCCUCUCCUCUCCUCCUUCAGGGCUGAUGGUUUUAACUUUUCCUCAUCUGGGAGAGAAGAUGUGGACGUACGAACGUUAGGGAAUGGACGGCCGUUCGCUAUGGAGUUACUGAACCCCCACAGAGCGAAGUUUAACAGAGCAGAGGUCAGACGGCUUCAGGAGAUGAUCAAUGCGUCCUCUGAUAAAAUACGAGUGAGGGACCUGCAGAUUGUAACAAGGGAUGCUAUGGGCCGAAUGAAGGAGGGAGAGGAGGAGAAGACUAAGUCCUACAGUGCCCUCAUCUGGACCAAAAAGGCCAUUACUAACAGUGAUCUGGACUUUAUUGCAAACAUUAAGGAGCUGAAGAUUGAUCAGAAGACUCCUCUGAGAGUGCUGCACCGCAGGCCGCUGGCUGUCCGGCAGAGGCUCAUCCACUCCAUGAGCGCUAGCUACCUGGAUACACACCACUUCAGACUACAGCUGCACACGCAGGCUGGGACCUACAUAAAGGAGUUUGUUCACGGAGACUUUGGCCGCACUAAGCCCAACCUCUGCGCACUCAUGGAGUCCGAGGUGGACAUUCUGGAGCUGGAUGUGGAGUCAGUGGACGUGGAUUGGCCACCUGCUGUACCAGAGUGACCGGUGGCAACAGCUUCUGAGGAAUACUUGGAAAUAUUCAUCAGUUCCUGUAUCUGUUCCAGAGUCUACAAGCUAGCUGGCAAACUUUGGGCCUUAUUUAAGGAAGUCCUUAACAUUGGCAAAAGGUUGUUGCUCAGUUGGACAAUUAUAACAGGCUAAUUGUUGCCUAAAGUGCCUCAGUAUCUGAAAGACAUUGGUGCAGAUUCACUCCUAGAGGUAUAUGAAUCAGUUUACUGAGGGAUUCUAACAUUUGAUGAUUGAUAGAUCAUCUAUUUUGGGCUGAGAAAAACUAGGUAGGCCACUGUUUAUCACAUCUUUAAAUUACUUUGCAGAGCAUUUCUGUUGUACAAGGGCAGAGAAUUAGUUAUGUCAAAAUGACAAAACUACAAAAUGAAGGGUGUAUUUUUUUCUAUUAGGACUACAGUAACUUUAUGAAGGACCCCUGACUAUGUUGUACGUUUUCUGUUAAAUAAACCACAGUCCAGUUUAAGUAGACUGUGGCUGUAAAAUUCA